AUUUGUUCAGGCGUUAUAAGGAUUAUAAAUUAAGUCUCUUUUUAAUUUAUGUAGAGUUUUAUUUUAAGUUGUACAUAUGCAUCUUUCGAUAUUUAUUUUUCAAAGCGUUUUUCUAUGCAUAUGGCGGACGAAAAUUCGCAAUGAAUGUCUUGUCAAAGGUUCGUACGAAAAUAGAAAUAAAUUUCGUCGAUGUAUUUUCUUCUAAUUUAAAUUUUCGUACUUUUGAAGUGCGAUUUAGGAUUAUUUCAUUUUGUAAAAUGUCUUCUGAAAAAAAAAAGUAAAAUAAAUAUUGAUGUACAAAUUAUAAAUUCCAAUGUUUUAUUUUUGAAAAAAAAGUUAAGUCAACCCUGGGUAUAAGAAUGGAUAUAAUGAGUACAAUUUAAUCUUUCUUGUAAAUAUACAUUUUUAUCUCUUCUUUGCCUUGUUUGCCUAGAUUUAGAUUUAUUAUGUCUCUACCAAUAUCAAAUAAACGUUACAAAGACACAGAGUACUGGGACGAGCGAUACACGACAGAAGAUGAAUACGAGUGGUUGAAAAGCUAUUCUUCCUUCCGCCAUCUUGUUUGUAAACACGUGACUCAAGAAGACAAUAUUUUGAUGGUUGGGUGCGGAAACAGCACACUGGGAGUGGAUAUGUAUAAAGAUGGAUAUAAAAAUAUUAUCAACACUGAUAUUUCAACCGUUUGCAUCGAGAACCAAAUCAAAAAAUACCACAAGAACUUUCCAGAAUUAAAAUGGUUGGUAGCCGACAUGACCAAUAUGACGUGCUUUAAAGACGACACGUUCGACGUCGUUAUCGAGAAAGCGACUAUAGACGCGUUGCUAGUAGCAGAAAAAUCGCGCUGGACAGUAUCUGAUGAAACGGACGUGUUAAUUCGUGACACUUUACACGAAAUCAGUCGUGUUUUGAAGGUCGGGGGACGUUUCAUUUCGAUCACAUUUGAUCAGCCUCACUUUCGAAUUCCGUUGCUAGCAAAAUCAGCGUUUAAUUGGAGUGUGAAUUUUGAAACAUUUCGCGAAGAAGAAUCGUUCCAUUUUUACUUUUUUUACAUGAUAAAAGGUGCACCAUUAAACGAAGAUUUCAUCAAAAGAAAUACGAUUCAGGAUAACGUUCAAACUAUAGUUUUCUCCCAUGACGACGUCGAAAGUAGCGACAAUGACGAAGACACUUUCUUCACAAAGUUUAACGUCGAAUAGAAAUUGUCCAUUUUACCGACGAAAUGUCGACGUAAAGUUAUCCGACUAAAACAUGGAAGCAACAGCGCCGACUUGUUGAAUCUUAAUUUAAGCUUCAGCUUUCACAUGUUAGAUUCUGCGCAUUGCGCAAAAGGCGCAUGCGCAAAAAGUAAUACCAACAGAGAUGAAAAGAAAUUGUAUUUAUUUUUAUUUUAGAUAUUUUUAUAAUUUUAA